AUGCAUUUCAAUAACGUACCUCAGCAAGUAAUUCGUGAACUGAGGUCUUUCGACGACUUCGGGUUACUUUCUGCUCAGAUCAUGAAGACCGAUUUUACACAAACACAAUCUAGUGCCGCACCUUUCAUGGAUAAGCUGUUAAGUUAUGAAGUUCCAUCUAUAAGCAAUUCUGCUGCUAUUCCCACAACUGCGGAUCCGUCGGAGCUGGGUGGAUCAUCCGAAAAUAGUGAUAUUGAACAACUAGAAGAACUAAUUGAUCAAGGGUACGACGUCUCUGCUGUGCUACGUGACUUGUCAUCAGUUGAAGUACAAGGAGAGAUCUGCGCAGUAGCGCCUGAUACGGUUACGAAACCAGUGGUGAAGGGAAAAUCGAACCAACAGAUUGAACAACUCAAGAGCCCUUCUUUAAUAGAAAAAACAGUUAGUAGCGACUCAGUUCACCAUGAAGAUGCUCUUCCCUCUUCCUCGGAACACUUCAAAACCCAUCGUUUCGACCCUGAUGUUCACCGUGAAUUUAGAGCAUCUGCCGAUGAGAUUAUUGCCGCCGUUCAUAAUCAGGAUCUGGCAUCUCUACGAUCCAUCUUAACAGAGAGAAAAUGGCCGGACCACCGCAGCAUUGGCGCCUAUUUGGAUCAACUUUUUGAGCUUGUUAUACGUGACAGUUAUGACACCGACGAAGCUGUCAUGUUCCUCCAGGACUUUGCCGUGUGUAAUCGUCGGGGUUUCCUCCACGAUGUGAACGGUGUCCGACUAGCUUUGCGUGUUGCUCGUGAUAGUGGAUCGGUGGAGUCGGCCUCAGAGAUGUUGCGGGUCUUUCGCAACAUGUUCCUUGUCAAGUCGCCUGUGAAUUCAAAGUCGUCUCCCAUCAACACUGGUUUUGGAGGAAUUCUACUCAGCGUUAUGCCAUAUCGGUUAGCACAUAAUUCCUUUGUUAUUCUUCUCACACUUUAUUUUUUAGAACUUCUCUAUUCAGGUUCCCCAGAGCAAGUGGAAAACGUUCAUAAGAUCAUGGUUUCAUUAGGAUUCGACAGGAACUCGAAUAUAUUCCUACGUUGCGUCACAAAAUCCUUAAUAGAGAUGAGGAAAAUACCAGCCACUUUUCCCUUCCAGAUAGCUGCUGAAGCAUUGUUGCCAGCAGGACCAUCCUUUUGCUGUCAUUUCGAGUCUAGUUAUUUCGCUAGUUCAAAUGAAACAUCUCGACGCUGCGAAGGCGGUGCUUGUCAAGGUAGCAGUUCCUGGAAGGUUUUUCAAGAAGCCGCUUUCCUGCAUUGCUCGUUGCGAGCUGCGAACCCGUCAGGUUCACACCGGUCAUCAAUGGACUGGGUGCCGCAUGAAAUAAGGCUUCGCGCUGAAAAAACGAAAAAAUUCGGCGGUUUGAAUUCGUUGGAAAUCAUGGAGAACUUUGCUGAUUUGGUCACACAAUGCAUGUUUUCUGAAAAGCGAAAAGUAAAGGAAGAAAAAACGGUUGUAGAAGAUGCGUCUGUUUUAUCCCCUGAGCUGUUGUCGGCCUUGGAUUCGUUUUAUGGUGUGGGACGUCCAAAGCAACAGAAAUUCAAUCGCGAUGACUCGAAGCGUAAAUUGCAUCGUGUCAACGAUGAACAGCUCUUCGAACUCUCUCAAUUCAUGCAAUUACUGUGGUUAGAAUGUGCAGGUUACGUCAUGUGCGAAGUAUGGCAGUGGCAGCAUCACAGCCGUCUGGGAGACAACCGCGUGUCCCAUUUGCAAGGGAUAACAAUCGUGGUGUCAGGAAACAUAGAAUGGCGAGGAGUGGUCUACAGCGAAACUCCUGAAAAGGUUGCUAAGCUCUUCGCUAAUCCUAAAGAAGAUCUUACACUGUUGUCGGAUCGUCAGUUAUCUGUUCUACUAUCCACUUUCGGCAAUGGAUGUGAAUCUGUUAGUAGCUUGCGAAGAGCUGCUUUCAUGAGUCAAGCGCUUCAAGCUCUGCGUGAAAGAGGAGUCGUCCUUGGUCCCCUUGCAAGAAACGCCAUUCUUUCCGCUCGAAUUGACAACGCGGAACAAGUAAGUGUAGUGGAGGAACUCAAAGACUGGGAGGCUGCAGGCCUAUCACCGGAUACUGAAACGGAUAUAAUCAAUCAUAUGAAGACAAAUGGUUUCGCAGUUUCUGAAACCGUACUGGAAUCUCUUAUCUAUUCUUUAAGCAAAGGAGGUCAUUAUAAGCAGGCCGAAACUUUUGUUCAGAAGUUUAUUGCAUCUGCGAACGAGGUUGUCCUUCGAACUGCGAUAGCUCGAGCAGCAGUGUCUCGUGGUGAUUUCUCUGUAGUUUUUAACACAAUCGCGGCAAUUCCAAAUAUCUAA